AUGGCACCACAGCGUCCGUCUCCCGUGCUCCCCACCGCCAUGCCCUCUCCUAUUUUUGAGCGGCUUAAGGAUAAACGCGUCGUUCUCGCCUCCGGCUCCCCACGGCGGAAGGACAUCUUCGAGAAUGUCGGGUUCAAGCCGGAGAUCAUCCCUUCGACAUUCUCAGAAGACCUAUCCAAAGGGGACUUUGAAGGGAGGCUGGCGGACUACCCAAUUGCAACGGCUGGCGAGAAGGCGAUGGAGGUGUACGAGCGCCUGAUGCGCGAGAACGACAGCGACCCAGCGCAACUCGUCAUCUCUGCGGACACUGUGGUCAUCUUCCCUCCGGAGAAGGAGACAGCUGAGGGCGGGAGUGCGCACGGCGAGACGAGCGAGAUCCUCGAGAAGCCGCUGAACAGGGCUGAGCAGCCGGAGCUGCGAGGUUGUAACUGGCUGUACCCGAUCGUCGAAGCUCCAGGGUUCAAGCUGCAGUCAAUAUCUUGCUCAACUCUCGUCCAUUUCUUCGAGAACACAAGAGAGGAGAUCCAGGCUUACGUCGAGCAUGGGGAAGGGCACGACCGAGCUGGCGGCUUCGCUAUUCAGGGUCUCGGCGGCCUCCUUAUUGAUAGGGUAGACGGUAGCUACGACAAUUGCGUAGGAUUCCCUUCGAGCCAGUUCUGGAAGUGGAUGUCGCGGCUCGAUGAGGAGGGGACGUUUAACGACAUCUAG